AUGUGCGAUGAAAAGACACUUCCCUUCUCCCGCCCGGGCGCGCCGAAUGUCCGCACGCACGCGUCCCGCGGCCGCCAGACCGCCUACACCGCGCACGUUGACCAGCCGAAGCAGGCCGAGGCCCCGCCGCGCCCGCUCCCGCCGGCCGAGGACCCCGCCGCCGCGCCCCAGGCCGAGCCCGGCGCCCCCGCGGUCCCGGGCCCCCUCGGCGCGCUCUUCCACUCCCCCUACGACGACUCCAUCGCCCGCGUGGCCGCACCGGCGCUGCUCGCGCUCGCCGCCGACCCGCUGCUGUCCCUCGUCGACACGGCCUUCGCCGGGCACCUCGGCACGGACGCGCUCGCCGCCGUCGGCGUCAACAGCGCGUUCGGGCUGAUCCUCGUGUUCAACUGCCUCGGCACCACCAUCACGCCGCUGGUCGCCGCCGCCAUGGCCGAGGGCCGCCCGGAGCGCGCCGCGCGCGCCGUGUGGCAGGCCGGCGCCGUCGCGCUCGCGCUCGGCGUCGCGAUCUCCGCGUCGCUCCUGCACUGGUCGGCCGACGUGCUGCAGUCCCUCGGCGCCAACCCCGCCGACGCCGCGACGUUCGCCAUGGCGGAGGACUUCUUCCGGUGGCGCGCGCUCUCCGCGCCGGCCGUGCUGCUCGCGAUCGUCGGGCAGGGGGCGUUCCGCGGCGUCGCUGACAUGAAGACUCCCCUCCGGAUCGUCCUGUUCACCAACGCGCUCAACCUGGCCGGGGACUACCUGUUCCUGGUGCACCUGAACACGGGCGUGUCCGGGGCGGCCGUCGCGACCACGUGCGCCGAGUGGACCGCGGCGCUGGCGUACCUGUACUACCUGACGGCGGGGGGGGGGGUCUCCGCCGACACGGGCAAGGAGGGCGAGGCCGCGGCGCCGCGGCUGUCGCUCUGGCCGCCGCCGCCCGCGCCGUGCGGCGGGGACGAGCUCGCGGAGAUGGGCGCGCUCGCCGCCGGCGGCGCCGCCGUCCUCCUGCGCACGUCCCUCCUCCUGGGCACCAAGACGGCUGCCACGGUGGCGGCCACGCGGCUGGGCCCAGUGCCGGUGGCCGCACACCAGGUGGUGACGCAGCUGUGGACGCUGUCGUCGCUGAUGUGCGACUCGCUCGCGGUGUCCGCGCAGUCGCUCGUGGCCGCGAGCCUCGGGCAGGGCGACUUUGGGACGGCGCGCGGCAUCUCGCAGCGGCUCAUGCAGCUCGGCGUGGGCCUGGGGGCGGUCAUGGCGGGCGGGCUGGCGUUCACGUCGCCGGUCCUGCCGGGCCUCUUCACCGACGACCCGGCGACCGCGGCGGCGAUCUCGUCGAUCCUGCCGAUCGCGAUCCUGUCGCUGCCCGUGAACUGCUCCGCGUACGUCCUCGACGGCAUCAUGGUGGCGGCGCGUGAGUACAUCUUCAUGGCCGGGGCCGCGGCGGUCGCGGGCGCCGCGACGCUGGCGGCGCUGGCGAGCGCCGAGGAGGCCGGGAUGGGCCUGCAGGGCGUGUGGGUGGCGAUGGUGACGCUCAUGGUGUGCCGCGCUGCGUCGCUCAUGUGGCGCGCCCUCGCGCCGGACUCGCCGCUGCGGGACCGGCCCAGGGCGGACGAGGAGUGA